AAACAACUAGCUCUUCCAACAUCACCACAUUACAAAUAAGCUCACUUCAUUUUCAUCCUUCUCUCUCUCUCUCUCUCUCUCUAGCCAUGGGCAAAGACAUUGAAGUUGGAGGUGGGUACUCAGCCAAGGACUACCAGGACCCUCCGCCAGAGCCGCUAAUCGAUGCAGAGGAGCUAGGGAAGUGGUCGUUCUACAGAGCCAUCAUAGCUGAGUUCAUUGCCACCCUUUUGUUCUUGUACAUCACUGUGCUCACUGUGAUUGGAUACAAGAGCCAAACUGACACUGCUCUAAACGGAGACCAAUGUGGUGGUGUUGGCAUUCUUGGUAUUGCUUGGGCCUUUGGUGGCAUGAUCUUUGUCCUUGUUUACUGCACAGCUGGCAUCUCUGGGGGGCACAUAAACCCUGCAGUCACAUUCGGGCUGCUUUUGGCAAGGAAGGUGUCACUGGUGAGAGCCAUAUUGUACAUGACGGCUCAGUCGUUGGGAGCCAUAUGUGGUGUUGGGCUAGUGAAAGCUUUCCAAAGUUCUUACUAUACUAAGUAUGGCGGUGGAGCCAAUGAGCUUGCCGAUGGCUAUAGCACAGGCACUGGAUUGGGUGCUGAGAUUGUUGGCACAUUUGUUCUUGUCUACACUGUCUUCUCUGCCACUGAUCCCAAGAGAAAUGCAAGAGACUCCCAUGUCCCAGUAUUGGCACCACUGCCAAUUGGGUUUGCUGUGUUUAUUGUUCACCUAGCCACAAUCCCAAUCACUGGUACUGGUAUCAACCCAGCUAGAAGUCUUGGAGCUGCAGUGAUCUACAACAAUGACAAGGCUUGGAAUGACCAAUGGAUCUUCUGGGUUGGACCAUUCAUUGGAGCUGCCAUUGCUGCCCUGUAUCACCAAUACAUCUUGAGAGCGGGAGCUGUUAAAGCUCUGGGUUCUUUCAGGAGCUCCCCCAACAUAUGAUUUCUAAGAGAAUUAUUGUGUGUUUCUCAAUGGUCUGAGAAACUUUGGAUUAUUCUGGAAGCAUCGAAUUUGUAUAUUACUACUACUGUAUUGGUGUUGAGGAUGUCAAUUGUGUUACCUUCUGUCUAUGUACAAAAGGCACUCCUUUUAAAUGUGCCUUAAUGUUGCAUUC